ACACUACCAAAAAUUACCGUACAUACAUCUCCUCGUACUCCAGUUACCUAUUUUCUUCCUUUUUAUGAUACCUUUAACCGCGGCUGAUACAACCGAGUCAAUGGCUGAGGGGCAAUGGUCAUUUUGAAUUUCGAUUUAUUACUUGUUUGUUUGUUCCUUUGCUUGCAGCUGCGUCAAGGUGAUUAUGAGUAUUCAGGUAGGAGUUCAAAGAUCUCUUGUUGGUCGGCCUUUUUCUUGUCGUUCAUUUUUUUUCAUUUCAUUUUUUUUUUCCGCCACAAACAUUCAGUUUGGGGGCUAUAAAUUGCCCAAGUCACUGC